GUGAAAGUAACAUGAGCGAGCACGACGAAGCCACUAGACGCAAAAAGACGGCAUUCCGAUUCUCAGUGUCUGCCGACAUUGACCUCCUUAAGGAGGUAGUGAUGGUGGUCCCAUUUGAUGCAGCCUACGGCCAAACGUCCGCACGAUGGGACGAAGUGUGCGAACACAUGCGUCAACUUCACGGCAACGCCAUGACGUCAGUCUGCUGCAGGAAGAGAUUCGACGAUCUAUUGCCCGCGUUCAAGAAGUCAUCGCUGAAGGCACUGCGUGCGUCUGGUACAGAAGAAGAGUACCUGGAACGUGACCAACUCAUGCAAGACAUCUCAGACAUGAUGGACAUUGCUCUGCUUCGAAAGAAAGCUGCGAAACUAGUACAGGAGAGACGAGAAAGCGAUAGUCAUUUGAUUCGUGAGGCUGCCUUGACCGGCAUGAAGCGUAAGCAAGCAGAGCCCGACGACAAUGCAAGUCAAGAUGAGCAGCCGUUUUGUAAAUCGCUCGACUCGAAGAAGGGUACUCGCAAUGGAGCUCUACGUGAGUCGUCGUCGGUUGUUGCAAAUUUCACAGUCAUGAUGGAAGGAUCGGAUCAAGUCAGAGGAAGUGGCCGUGAGGAAGGAGGAAGUUGCGCUGGAACAACGUGGGCUCGAGUUAGAACAAGCAAAAUAUGCAUUGGACAAAGCAGAGCGCGAAGCACGGUUUGCACUUGAGAAAACAGAACGUGAAACGCAGUUAGAAUUCUUGCAUACCACAAUUGACUUGAUAAGAUCAAUGAGAAACUAGU